CUUCCGGGGCUAUCAAGAUGUCGGCGCCCAGUAGUAACGAGACCCCGGGAACUGCGCUUAGGUCUCCUGUAGGAACUCCUGAAAAAAUCCGGGACUUGAUCAAUGAAGGGAUAGUGAGCGAGGAGCGGAGUGACGGCCGAAAGGACACAAGCAUUCUGUCGGAAGAAAACAACAGUUUUGAAGUCUUAGAAGAUUCAAUCUCGAACGAGGCAACAAGCAAAGAAGCGUUCUUCUCCAGGGUGGAGACAUUCUCCUCCCUAAAAUGGGCUGGUAAACCUCCAGAAUUGUCUCCACUUAUAUGCGCUCAGUAUGGAUGGUCAAACAUAGAGUGUGACAUGCUGAAAUGCUCCAGUUGCAGUGCCUACCUCUGUGCUAGCCUCCAGUCAGCCUUGGACUUCACCAAAUAUAAGCAGCGCUGCUUGGAAUUGCAGGAAGCACUGAGGACCACUCAUGAGAAGUUCUGCUUUUGGCCAGAAAGUCCAUGUCCAGAACAUUUCUGGACCCUUCUGAUAGCUGAGUCAUCUUCAGUCAUCACUGACUUUAUUGACCGUUUCCAAAAUCUUUGUCACUUGAAACUGCAACUUCCAUCCCUGAAACAUGAAGAUCUCAAAAGCAUGGACCUUACAGAGGAAACAGUAAGCCUACUACUUCACUUGAUUGAGGAUGAGCUACAGGGACAAAAGAAUGCUAUGCACAGCUUGGGCAGUGACUCUUUGCAGGUGCACAUCUCGGCCUGUAUUUUGGCACUUUGUGGAUGGGACAGCAGCCCUUCCUCUGGUUCUUUGCCUCUGUCUAUCAUUCACUGUCCUCGAUGUAUGAGGAGGGUUGGUCUAUGGAGCUUCCAACAGCUGGAAUCUGUAGAUCUGGACUUAUCAAUAGGACCGCCAGGCACUCCAGUGUCUCCAGGAGAAGGCAUCAGUGAAAGAAUACCUUUGGGAGUUAUGUCUCCAAACAGAAGGAUCACUCGUAGUCGGGAUCUUGAACAGAGCCCCUCCUUGGCUAGCACUCCGCUGCGCAGUGGAGGAUCUUCGGUCUCACCUGAGUCAGAUACUGUACGGAGCCGCCCUGUGACUCGCAGCAUGGGACAUGGAGAUGGCCAAGGAGCUACAUCUGAAAUGUAUUCCAGUCCUCAUCGUAGGGCUAAACGCCCUAGACUCUGUUCCACUAGUAGUACGGAUUCUUCCCCCAAGGGUUGUUUUGAGCCACUAAGUCAGCACAAAAGUUGGUGUCCCUGGUUGACAGUGGUGAAAGGAGGUGAUAAGGGCAAAUCACAAGCAAAAGAAAAUGGAAAUUCAGACCAGAUAGCACUUGCUGGAUGGAAGGAAGUGUUGCGAGUACUGCUUGGAGAGGAGAAAUCCAGGACCCGAUUGGAAGCAGAUUCUUCAAGUGUCCCAGAGAAAUCUCACAAAGUCUUUAGAAUAUUUAGGCAGUGGCAAGUGUGCAGCUCAUCAUGAUGGCCAUGGGAUGUUCGGCAUUUUCUAGGUGAUUUCCAGUUCCGUCACCACCUACCAGCUUUAUCCAUACCAUGAGAUGAAUAUGCCUGUGUUCUGUAAAUUCUGAUCUGUGCUGAGGACUAUUUUAUAUAAAUUACUAUCCCCUCACAAAUAACUGUAAAAAGGAUUUACAGGCUAUGGACACCUUCAGAGGCAAUUUUUUUAAAAUAUCAUUGCACUCUACUUAUUGUGGGCUAAAAAUCAUGUUUUUAAUUGAGCUUUAAUAAGUAUUUAUGAGCUGUCAAGAGUUUUAAGAACAGGGCAACCGUCUGCAGAUACACUCUCGAUUUAAAAUGAGUAGAAUGAAAAAAAUAAUAAUAAAUUGCCCCAAAGUUGUCCAUAGCCUUUAAUUAUUAUACAGAUGGAAAAUGUCACUUACAUACAUCUGGGCAAUUAAUUGUGGACCAGGAACAGCUUGUAGUAUAUGGCUAUUUUUGGAUGUAUGUUACACUGUGGUAGAGCAGGUGUGCGAGAGCUUCAUUUCUUGUAUAUGUACUUGCAUGCCUUUCUUGCUGUAAUAAAUAUUCUGGAAUA